UAUUAUCAUCGGGAAAACAGAACAAAAACCGCUGUUUUCAAUAAAAACUAAAAAGCAAAAAUCCCUGUCUUUAAAGGCAAAACAAUCAAGACACCCCAAGGAUCAUAACCUUCUUUCUUCCUCGAUCCAAACUCUGUUUGCUCUCUAGAUUCGUAAACUUUCUUCUCUCCCUCGCCAUCUCUAGGAAUGUCCUGGAUACUGAAAUCAUGACAUUAAGAUUCGAGGAGAAGAAAGAAGGUAAUCAUUAAAGGUUUCGAAGUAUUGGGCCUUUUCUUCGGAUCCCAUUACAUAUCUCCAUCUCUUGUGUGUUCUGUCAGAUCCGUGUUUUGAGCUUUUGCUUCUUUGGGGGAAGAAUGUUCAAGCAAUUCCUGAGUAAGCUUCCUCGGAAGUCUUCAAAACCCGACUCAGGAGAGGGAGAGCUCUCUCGCUCUACCUCCGGUCCGGUUCCUGCACCGGUUCGGUCCAACUCAGGGAAACGUAUGUCCUCCUCCUCCGCCGUCUUCCCAUCAAGCAUCGUCGCUGGAAUAGAGCCGUUGGUACCGUUCAAAGACGUACCGAACUCCGAGAAACUCAACCUCUUCGUAAGUAAAGUCACCCUCUGCUGCGUCACAUUGGAUUUCUCACACCAAAGCAAUAAAAACUCCAUCGAGAAAGAUGUGAAAAGACAGACCUUACUCGAGCUUCUCGACUUCGUAGCUUCUUCGGGGGAUGUUAGAUUCACGGAGCCAGCUGUUCUCGGUAUGUGUAGAAUGUGCGCUGUGAAUCUCUUUAGGGUUUUCCCUCCUAGCUACCGGGAAAAAAACGAUGAUGAUGAUGAUAAUGAGCCGAUGUUCGACCCUGCUUGGCCUCAUCUGCAGAUCGUCUACGAUCUUCUGCUUAAGUUCAUUACCUCUCCGUGUCUCGACGCUAAAACGGCGAAGAAGUAUCUAAACCAUGUGUUCAUCGUGAGGCUGCUCGACUUGUUUGAUUCAGAGGAUCCUAGAGAACGGGAGUGUCUGAAGACGGUUCUUCACCGCGUCUACGGGAAGUUCAUGGUUCACAGACCGUUUAUCCGCAAGUCCAUGAGCAAUAUAUUCUACCGGUUUGUGUUCGAGACGGAGAAGCACGGCGGGAUCGCCGAGCUUCUGGAGGUUUUCGGGAGCAUAGUGAGUGGUUUUGCUCUGCCUUUGAAAGAGGAGCACAAGAUGUUUCUGUGGAGAGUUUUGAUUCCAUUGCACAAGGCGAAGUCUGUUGGGAGCUACUUCCAGCAGCUGACUUACUGCGUGGCUCAGUUUGUUGACAAGGAGCCGAAGCUGGGGAGUGUUGUGGUUAAAGGUUUGUUGAAGUUCUGGCCUGUCACGAAUAGUCAGAAGGAAGUGAUGUUUCUCGGUGAGGUUGAAGAGGUUGUUGAAGGGAUGAGUGUGGUGGAGUUUCGGAAAGUGAUGGUUCCUUUGUUCUUGAGGAUUGCUUGCUGUGUCAAUAGCUCCCACUUUCAGGUUUCUGAAAGAGCGUUGUUCUUGUGGAACAAUGAUCAGAUUGUGAAUUUGAUUGCACACAACAAGGAAGCUAUUUUACCGAUCAUGUUCACUGCUUUGGAGAAGAAUGCUGAGAAUCACUGGAACCAAUCUGUGCUAAACCUAACCCUAAAUGUAAGAAGAAUGUUCUGUGAAAUGGACGAGGAUUUGUUCGUGUCUUGUCACGCACGGUUUCAAGAGGACGAAGCAAAGCAGUGUUCUGUAACGGAGAAGAGGAAAGAAACAUGGGCAAGGCUAGAGAGUGCAGCAAGUAUGAAGCCUAUAACUGGAAAGACAGCUGUUCUGGUAACUCCUUUAGCAACUUCCAUCGCCUGCUAAAUCCUCAGACAUUUAAUUAGAAAAUGAAGCAUAUGACGGAAUGUCUGUUGCAUAAGCUAUAGUGUUUGUAAUAUUAUAUAGUUUUGAUGCUGUUAGCUGUAUUGGUUUUAUACUAAAUUUCUGCAAUGAAACAAUGCUGCAGAUUUUUCUGUAUGAAACUCUUUGUAUUUAAUUGUUUCAACAAUGUCUAUGAAUAUGAUUGGUACAUGGUAACCAUCUUUUGUUGCUAA